CUUGCUGAUCCACAAAGGCAUAGAGUCAAAGUGCUUCUUUUUGACCCACUGGGUUUUCUUUCUUCCUUUUUUGCUUCUCUUUCUUUUAUUUUUUGUGGAUACCAUGGCUAAUAAUACCACAAGUUUAGGGAGCCCAUGGCCAGAAAACUUUUGGGAGGACGUCCUGAUAUCCUUCACCGUGUCCAUGGCGAUCGGACUGGUGAUCGGAGGCUGUUUCUGGGCGCUGCUGGUUUGCUUGUCUCGGAGAAGAGCCAGCGCUCCCAUCUCGCAGUGGAGCCCCAGCAGGCGCUCGCGGUCCUACCACCAGGGACUGCACCGGAGCGGCUUUUACCGCCACAGCGGCUGCGAACGACGCAGCAACCUCAGCCUGGCCAGCCUCACGUUCCAGCGACAAGCGUCCGCGGAGCAAGCAAAUUCUUUCCCACGAAAAUCCAGUUUCAGGGCCUCUACUUUCCAUCCCUUUCUGCAAUGCCCGCCGCUUCCCGUGGAAACGGACAGUCACUUGAUGACACUCCCUGCUUCCAGCGCUUCGCCCACCAGCAACUCGUCCCCAAGCCUGGGCCGCCCGGAUGCCCACUGGUCCAGCAACAAUCUCCGCAUCGCCUUCUCCACCCCGCCCCCGCCGGCCUAUGAGUCUAUCAUAAAGGCUUUCCCAGAUUCUUGAGUAGGGGGAGCGGGGGUAUUUUUCUUUUCUCUGGUUCUUUUAUUUUCCUGUAUUUUAUUGGGAGGGAAUAAUAUUUUAUUAUUAAAUUGACUCCGCAGAAGGUUGAGCUCACGGCUCAAAGAACGAAGGGGUUUCUGAGCUGAACAUACGCUCCCCGGAGUUGGACAUUAUCCAUAGAAUACCAUCUCUUUGAAUACAUUUGGGUGUGUAUGUUGCAAAGGAAAGUAACGAAAUAAGUGUGUAUUUAUAUGUUUGAUACUCAAGAUAGUGGUUCAGAUCUAUAAAGAAGCCGUGGUGCCAUGUGUAUGUGUAUACUGAGCUAAAAUGCUAGCUAUAAGUGGUUCACAGACCUCGUUUAUUUCCCAACGUGGCUGGAAAGGAUGGAGGGGAUCACUGGGUCAUCUUUUAUACAAAUAUUCUGCCCCACAGAAUUGUAAUUUUACUUUCGGGAUGUUUAAUGACUUUUACGCAGCAGAACGUGACCGUGUCAGAAAUGAGGGUUUCUUGAUUUCCUCGGUGUGUGAGAAGUCAGGGGCUCAAACAUAGGAGGCGGAAGGCGGCUGGUGUCUCGCUAUCGCGUACUGUCCGGUUCUUCAGAACCCAUGUGGCAGAGGAGACCUGCCCCAUAUGGGUUUUCUCAACUGUGGUCUUCAUGGAAGAAGACUACAGGCCUUUCUCCCAUCAAUCUAUGUUUAGCAGGCACGUACUUCACUGCUGACCCCACCAGGGCUCUUGUUUGAGGUUAUCAAAAACACACAAACAAUCAAGAAUCCUCACUGCCAGGGAGCCGAGUCGCUUUGAUUUGGAAACGUACUUUCCCCCAGGCACCCGCUUUUGACCCUUUCCCCAAGAAGAGUUUCCCUACUUCCCGGAGGGAGAACUCCUCUGAUGUCCUAAGAUGAUCAUAGAAUGAGCCUUCACUUUUGUCGUUUUGCUACGUUGCUACAAAUACAGCACCAACCCACAUCGAUUUGACCUAAAAACACACUUUGACAUUUUUCUUAAGGGACAAGUUGGGGUUUUUUUAAGCAUUUUUAUUUUCCAUGCUUAUAUCUAGAAACAAGGAAAACCAGUUACUCUCGGAAUCAUCUUUUGGUUCUUCGGAGAUGGAAGAAGUAAGGGUCAGCUGGGUGACAGUGCUUGCUGUUGAAACGGAGGCUACCUUCCGGAGGCAUUCUCCUUCCUGGGUCAAUACAGCCUGCAGGUGUCAUCCCUCAUCUGCUCCUCGAUGAAUUCGGUGAAUCCCAAAUCUCUGAAGACCCUGUGCACACUAAUAAAAGCAUGCUGAUGGUUGGUGCAGAUACUUCUUUAAAAAGUCCACUUCCACAAGUAGCCACCCUCCUAAAUGGGGGUGCCAGAGGGUUUCAGUGGCCAGAUGCCUGAUGCCCCCUUUUUGUUUUAGAACAUGAGGUCACAGAGGGUAUUGUUAACAAGGCCUAUGGUUUUCUUCUGCUGUAGUGAGCCUUUUGUUACAUUGCCUUUUGCUUGUUUCUCUGAAUAUUGGGACUUUCAGUGACAAAACUGACUCUUGUUUUCUGCAAUGUGGUGGUCAUAAUUUUGUUUGGCUCAAGGAUGUAACAAUUCUUAUGCAAUAAAAGAUUCUGCGUGGCAUUCUCUUUAUUAGUCUAAUUUAGCUGGCACUAUCCGUGGUUCCUCAGAUGAGGAACAAAGACAUCUCUAAGUGAGUGCUCUGAUGCGAUGUGACGGGAAGAAGGAGGGAAAGCGAGGAAGAGAGGAAGAAGGAAGAAAGGGAAAGAGAAGGAAUGGGAGGGUGUCUCCCUAAAUGAUCAAAUUAAUUGUUAGUUGGUUUUUAACAAGGAAAUUUAAAGUUUUCAUAGGCCAAGUAUGAUUUUAACAGCCUGUUAAUUUAGUAACGACCAUUUCUCUCUCUCUCUUUUUACUUUAAUGUGAGAAUUAAGCAAAGUGUAUGAUUUUUGUCUAGAAUUUAUACUGGCAGUAAAAACUGCUUUAUGUCUCUCAAAUUAAGGAAACAAGAGCCGAGGUUUCCCAGCUGUGUGUAACCAUCUGGCUGAAUUGCUGCCUCCCUCUGUCCUGAGCGACCCAAUAGUCACAAUGAGUGUCUUCAUAGAUACUGUUUAGUGGAAGAAAUGUGAAAUCAGAGCAAAAACUGGAGAGGUUUAUUUUGGUUGUGAUUCCUUUGUUUUUUGAUGAUAAAUAAAACGCAGCUGAUGGCAA